CUUCACUAUUUGUUGGUUGACGAAUGCAUAGUGGUUUGGCCAAGUCAUGGACGCAACGCGUGUAUCCGCCGGUUUAUAUGUCUCACUCAUGAUCAUGAAUAAGUUGCGACACCCUCAUGAGGUAGAGAUGGGGCAAUACUUCACGUCAGAGCCGCUUGCGUCGCAUCCCAAAAACCAUCGUGUUCCUUUUCUUGAGUGUCGUCGCCAUCGAACGAAAAAGUUGAUUGUUAUGCUGCUGCUAUUCUUUUCACUCAGCUGCCAUUCGACACAUUUAGUGAGGUGACGGAGUGUUUUAGAUAACUAUUUGAAGUAGGACAUCAGCAAAUGCUCAUACUGUCUCAGCGAGAUAUCAUAGAUCUGCUGUUCAUGCACAAUAAUUAGGUGGCACAUCGUGACUGGAUGUGGAUGAACAUAAUGGACGUCAAAAACCUCUAUACCGAGCCCUAUCAUCCUGUUGAUA